AGGUGGUUCAGAAUCAGAAUCAGAAUACUUUAUUCAUCCCAAAGGAAAUCCUGUUCGUAACAGUGCUCCGCUCAACAACAACAAACAGAACUGCACACAUCAUCCAUAUACAGAAGUAAGCGGACGUCUCAACGGCGGAAAUCUCCAAUACUUUGCAACUCACACCAAAAUACUACAGCACAACAGUUGGGGAGAAAUGACAAGCUGAUGUUCUGGAGCCAGACAGACACGGUCCAGUGGACGGACUUCGAUGUAAUGAGUGACAACUGCAUGCUAGUCAGUCCCAGCAAAUCAACAGUGAAAACAGAGAGCUGAUCCGCAGGCCUAACGGAAACCACUGGUCCUGAUGCUCGGGCUGUGUAAGAGAACUUCAGACUCUAGAGGUCUCCAUCCUUCAGCAUCCCCUCAUCAUCCACCUAUUCGCCCUCCUCCUCCUCCUCCUCCUCCUCUCUGGCAUUUUGUGCAGCGGAGGAGUAAAGGAGGAGAGACUGCUGAGGAGGGGACAGAGGGGACCCUGAGACAACACGUCCCACGCCAGAGCCAGACAGCCAGGGAACUUUGAUUUGACGCCAAGUAGCCCUGCGAUGAAAAUGACGAUGAAGAGAAAGAGCCACGUUUCUUCUUCUUCUUGGGAGGCUUAGAUAUGUCGGGCGUGUGCAACAUAUGAUGUCCUUGGACUCAUAUGCUCAAUGAAGAUUUAUUUAUCUCUGAUUUCGCUCCCGUAUUCGCUGAUGGUGCCGCGUCGUUGUGCCCGCACUUAGGUCAGCCGAAUGAAUGUGAAGGCAGUCUGAGCGCAUUGUUUCCAGCUCCGUGUCAUAUGGGAUUUCCAGCCGUGAUGCCUGCAAUAUUUCGCUCUUUGUUUCUGGUCCUAUUCAGCCUGCUGUCAGUGGGUGCCCAGACGGAGAUGAAGAAGGUCGUUGGGGACAAUGCCACCUUACCGUGCCACCACCAGUUCCCGUCGUCUAACUCUCUCGACAUUGAGUGGCUACUGCAGAAACCAAACUCCAAACAGAAAGUGAUCAUCACCUUCUUUGGGGGACAGGUGUACACCAAUGAGGCGACGGGCAGCGAGGCGAGCCGUCUGUCCUUCGCUGGGGAGUACCUGGGUGGGGACGCCUCCCUGCUGAUCAGCGACCUGCUGCUGACCGACUCUGGGGACUACUACUGUAAAGUGAAGACUGGGGGAAAGUACCACUGGAGCCAGGUCAACCUCAUUGUGCUGGUCAAACCUUCCAAGCCGAGGUGCUGGAUGGAUGGCAAACUCCUGGAGGGCAGUGAUGUAAAGCUGAACUGCAAGUCCAGCGACGGCUCUGACCCCAUCAACUACAAGUGGGAGCGGGUGCUGGACAAAGGCAAGAGUCUGGGCAAGCUGCCAAACCUGGCACUGAUAGAUCUCAAGAACCCAGAGCUAGUGACCCUGAGGAAUCUCACCAUGGACAGCACAGGGGUCUACAGGUGCACAGCAAGCAAUGACGUGGGAGAAGAAAACUGCACCAUUGAGGUCACAAUGCAGCAUGUGAGGGAUGUAGGCAUGGUAGCAGGUGCAGUGGUGGGAAUAUCCCUCGGUGUCCUCAUUGUCAUAUUAAUCAUCUGGCUCGUCUUCCGGAAGAAAGAGAAAAAGAAGUACGAGGAGGAGGAGACUCCGAACGAGAUCAGGGAGGAUGCAGAGGCUCCCAAGGCCAAGCUGGUGAAGCCCAAUUCCCUGUCCUCAUCCCGCUCUGGCAGCUCACGCUCCGGUGCCUCCUCCACCCAGUCCAUGGUGCACAACAGCGCCCAGCGUGGUCACCGCCCCCGUCCACCAGCUGUAGCAGCUCUCAAGGAAAAUGGACAACCUCCAGGUUUCCCCCAGUCCCCUCCAGCCUACACCUCAGUGGUGCCCAAGACCCCCGAGCCCCCUACCACUCCCAAAUUCAACUCCAGGAACAUGUCUGGGCCCACACCCCCAACCCUCAUGGUCCCCGCCCAGACCAAGGCCUUUCAGACUGUGUAAGGCCGAAAGUCAACCGCUUCCUGCAGCCAUGUGAGACUCCCAUCCCAGCCCGAGCCCUGGAGCCCCCCCCCCCCCCCCAGACUAAGACUCUUCCAUAAACAAAGAAAUGCAACUAGUUAAAAGGAUGUAAUUAAAAGAAUCAAUAUUAUAAGUCCAAAAGUACUUUUAAUGAAUGCAUACUUAAAAAGGGAAAAUAAGACAUGCUUGCCCCCUACUGAAUUACAUAAAACAACAAAACAAAAGAAAAAAACAAGACCCGAGAUGCAACACUGUCUGUAUCUCAUGGCUAAAGGCAGAACUUGUUUUCCGAGUUCCGUCUUUUGGCUUUUGAAGGCGCAGGGAAGCACCGUGUGCAGCGAGGUGGAAGGAGCCCCCUACAGUAGUAGAGCUUUUAUAUAUUCAUCAAAACAAAGGGUAAGGCAUGCAGUGGAGAAUAAGAGGGAAAAAAGGGAGACGGUAAAGACUGGAUGAUAAAAUAGAUCCAAACUCUGAGCCCAAUACCAAUGGAGUCACACAGCUGUUAAGCUUUGGUUGUGGACAAAUACAAGAUGGAUACAAGCAGGGCGGAAACAAGUAGGAGGACAGAGUGUAAGACAGCUACUGAUUUUUAUUUUUAUUUUUUUUAUCCUCUGGGAGGAGGGGAGGGGGCGUGGGGUGACUCUCUGAUUCAUGUCACCCUGCACCUCCAACUCGCUGCCUCCAGCACCUGCUCUGAAACCACAAACCCCUUAGCCUCCCAUGGGCUGGGCCGAUUGUGCCCAUCCAUGUGGACAGACACAGUGUGUGGGCGUGUGCAUCAUCUGCCUCAGUGCUCUCGGUCUUUUCGUGCUCUCAUAACGAACCUGUGAGAAACCACUGCGGUCCGGAGACUGACUCAGCUGGCUCACAAACAGCUCAUCUGCUUUACCGAUCAGCAGGGGAAACUUCAGGUACAAGGAUGUAGCAUUGACAGCAGAGUCAAAUCAAUGGAGUACCCCCCCCUCCAACAUCCUGUCUACAUCUAAAGACAUCAUUUUCUGGUACUGAAUAUCUUUCCUGAAUUAUUAAAUAGUAUGUAUUAGGCCUAUAGCGAGUCAAUACUUAAAAUAUAGGGGAUAUGCUUCUAUUAGACCAGCUGGACUUGUUUUUCCUUUCGUUUCUUUCAGAUCUCCUGUGUUUCUUCUCUAUGAACAGGUUUUAAGGGGUGACAGACAGCUAUAUGUCCACUCAUCCAUACUAAAAAGUGCCACCAAUCCUUAGGAUGGGUUAUUAUUGUUGCUUUUUUUUAAUUCUUUUUGUUUACCUGCAACAUUUCUGAAACCAAAAUCUGUCACCAUGAAUGUGUGAUGUACAAAGAUGGUGGAUCCCGUUCUUUUCAGCUCCUUAUGCUGAACUGAAUCAAUAUCCGAGCUAAGGCACAAAGAAUUGACCUUGACGUACAAUUUAACAAUUACUCUGUCUGAAUGAAGGGAGCGGAGAGUAUGACUGGAGAGACUUCAGUUGUAUAGGGUGUGUAUGGUAUCAUUGUCAGUACUCUCCCUGGAUCCGCAACAAUAGAGUGGCACUCGAUUGCUGUCUCUCUGAAUCACCAGGACCUGCUCGGUUAUUGGUCGAGUCAUGCUAUCAGCCAAUUCCCCUUUUAUCCUCAGACAGACCCUGGUGCAGUUUGAUUGAAAGUAUCUGAAAAAAAGGGGGCAAGUACCCUAUCUAGUGUGCCUUUGCAAUCCCUCCUCUCUUCUGGUUUCUUUCUUUGUCCUUAUCUUCAGCACACCAGUGGUUAAGUCUCUGUUCACAUCCAGCUUUGAGGGUCAACUGUAGCAAAUACUGGGAGAUACAACUUCACAAAACUUGCCCUUGUAAUAACAGAUGUAGCCUAUAGGGAGCACCAAGCAGAGUGAAUUAUCUAUGGUGAGAAAGCAAUCCCAUGCCAUGGGACAAUGUACUGUAUAUUCUGUAAUCAGUCUUGUUUUAUAUUGUACAUACAGAUAGAUAUACGCACAUGAUGUCAUUUAAUUUAAUAAAUAAGGGUAUGUGAGGGGAGAUAAACCUCUUACAAACAGGUCAAUUAGAAACCCAGAAGUGAAUUUAAACCAUGUGUUUUUUUGUACACAUGUUGUGUCAACAAGUGACACCCCCUAUUCUAAUGUCACCAUAGAGAUUUUCAAAUUUUAAGCUACAUAUUCAUGUGAAACAAAAAUGUAAAACAAAAAAAAAAAAGAUACCCUCACAGUUACUGGCCAGAUUCUCAUUGGUUGUUGUAUGGAUUUUAUUGAUCCUUUGAGAAUAACUUCUUCAGGUUUUUGGUGACCCUGUGACCUUUUCACAAUCACCACCACCAGGUCAACCACCUUUACCACAAAUUGGGAAUUGAUCUUGAAAAGAAACUGCCAGAUUUUGAUAAAGUCUGCUAUGAGUAUUUAUAGUCAACACAUCAUUAAUAUUUUUGCCCUUUUUCUCAAGCACCACCAUUGACCAGAAUUUAGGAACUGAUCUUGAAAAGUAAUAGAUUUCCAUAAAAUCUGCCACCAGUAUUUAUAGCCAACAUAUCAUGAAUGUUUUGGUGAACGCUUAUUUUUAUCCAAGCGCUCCAUCCUGAUAAAAUUUCCAGUUGGGGACAAGAUAUAUCAGGCUGAAAUUUUUUAAGGCUGUUCAUACGGUCAAAGGAAAUAAGCUGGUUUUGUUUUGAAUGACUCUCAGGACACACUAGUAAGUUUAAGAUCAACUACUUGUUCUACGUGUAGAAAAUUAUCAGUGUGUCCAACACUUUAAUAUUAUAGCUUGUAAUGAAUUUUGCUAUUCUCUUUGGGCUGGUAGCAGGACUUUAAUCUUGCCUCACUUUUAAAUCAAAACUGCCACACUAAAGUAAAAAACCCACAAAAUAAGUUUACAUAAUUCAACUUCAGAAGUUGUGAAAACCAACAUCUGUCUAAAAAGCACAUGUGGUUUGACUUCACAUUGGGGAAUUUACAUGUGACUGAACUGAGAGGGAAGAUGAGGGGGAAAAAUGCCUUUUAAAUUCAACUAGAGACAGCAGUUCAUAUUUGAGCAGGGAGCCCACUGUGUGUGCGUGUGUGUGUGUGUGUGUGUGUGUGUGUGUGUGUGUGCGUGGGUGUGUGUGUGUGUGUAUGUGCG